AUGUUUAAAAAAAUAAUAUAUUAAUUUUAUAAUAUCUUAUAUUUGUAAUUGUUUAUUUUAUUAAAAAACUUAUUUUAUAUUCUUUUUUUUAUUGAAUUCUUAAAAAAAAAAAUGAUUUUCAAAACAAAAUUUAAAAAAAUUGUUGAAGCUUAUGAAAAUUUGAUCGAUAAAUAAAAAAGAUUGACAUAUGAUUUAAAAAAUGGAAUAUAAUCUGAUUGGCAAAUUAACGAUGAAGAUAUAAAAUAAGUUGUUGCCGGUCCAGGUUAUAGAGUUGCCAUGUAUCCUUUAAAUAUAUGUUGA